UUGCCUAUUUCAGUUUGGAGAGGGAGGCUUUUGAAUGCAAGCCUGAAUUGAGUUAGGCUAUGCUGUGUUUCCACAAGUUUAAGAAACUUCUAGCUGCAUUAAAGAAGUGAACAGCUCAAAAAGUCAGUGUAAGGACUUUCUUUCCCUCUCUUGGUUGUGGAUUACAGUACUUCAGGACUGUUGAUACAGAGUCUUCCACUGGACAAGGCCUCACCUGUUGAAUUUGAAUUGAUGUGUGGAAACUGGGUGGAGUGAAUGACAGCAGUGAACAGUAGCGGUGGACUGUGAGGAGUGGAAGAGAUCAUGAUCCCUCGAGUUUGAGAGACAGGCGAGGACAAGUCCAGGCUACCAAUCACCAUGUCUAUGCAGGAGUGUUUGGAGAGCCCAAUGCUUGAGGGUGAGGAGGGCAAAGGGGUAGAAAAAGAGUUGGACAGAGACAGUGCGGUAGAGAGUGCAACGUCAUCGGAGAUAUCGGAUGGAGGAAGACUUGGAGAAAAAGAGGAAGAGCAUGGGCUUUGUCUACCAGGAGAAAAUUGCGCUCAGAUGUUUAAUCCCUCAGAUACUUGUGACCAAUCUACACGUUCCUCUGCCUCUUUGAAUGAGGAGCAGUUUGAAGACUAUGGAGAAGGAAAGGAUGGAGACUACACUCCCAGCAACCCCUGCCUAGAUGAUGAGAUCCGCAUUAAUGGAUACUCAGAUUUGGGCUCCUCUGUUUCCUCCAGUGCUGGUCAGACUCCUCGCAAGAUGCGCCAUACUGGUGACCAGAUGGAAGUGUUUUGCUCUCAGUGCUGUAAGAGGGUCAGUCUGCUCAACGACCUGGAGAACAGGUUAAAAAACCUCAAAGUCAACAGCCCUAACAGAAAGAUCUCCAGCACUGCAUUUGGAAGACAGCUGUUCCACAGCAGUAACCUCAGCAGUAGUAACGGCAGUACGGAGGAUUUGUUCCAUGACAGCAUUGACUCUUGUGAUCUAGAUAUUACUGAGAAGGUGAGUCAAUUGGACAGGAAAGUGACUGAGCUGGAAAAUGAGAUUCUGAUGAAUGGGGAUGCAAAAUCCAAGCUGAAACAGGAAAACACACAGUUGGUGCACAGGAUUCAUGAGUUGGAGGAGCAGCUAAAAGAUCAGGAGACAAGAGCAGAGCAUAUGAUGGAAGAGGAGCUGAGGAGACACAGAGAGGCCUACAGCCGACUGGAGAAAGACAAAAACUCACAGAUACAGCUGCUCACUAAUCGAGUACAGCAGCUGGAGGAGGAAAAUGGAGAGAUGGAAGUGAACCUGAACAGACUGAAAUCUCAGACAGAGAAAUUGGAUGAGGCGAGGCAGCGGAUGACCGAUAAACUGGAGGAUACAAGCUUGCGGUUGAAGGAUGAGAUGGAUCUCUACAAGAAGAUGAUGGACAAGCUACGACAGAACAGAAGCGAGUUUCAGAAGGAAAGAGAGACCACGCAGGAGCUGAUUGAAGACCUUCGGCGUGAGCUGGAGCAGCUCCAACUGUACAAGAUGGAGACAGAACGAUUGGGCCAUGGCCGUAGAUCUUCCAUCAGCCUAUCGGAAUACAGCACUCGAACACGUGAGAGUGAGUUGGAGCAGGAAGUCAAGCUGCUGAAACAGGAAAACCAGAAACUGAGGGAACAGAAUGAAGACCUAAAUGGUCAGCUCCUCAGUCUAAGCCUCUAUGAGGCUAAAAGCCUGUUUGCCACACAGACGAAAGCGCAGUCUCUGGCUAUGGAGAUUGAUCAUGCCUCCCGUGACCAGUUAAUGGAUGCUCUUAAGGAACAAGAAGAGAUAAACUACCGUCUCAGGCAAUAUAUGGACAAGGUCAUACUAUCCAUUCUGGACCACAACCCAUCUAUUCUGGAAAUCAAAUACUAAAAGCCUGUCAUAAGCUGUUAAGAAACGUCAAAGUGGACUUAGAGCUCCCCCUGAGGUAGCAAUAAAGCUCAAACACCUUGUGCCUCAGAAUGGACAGUAAACACAGUGUGUUGGUGUUUGUGCACCUUUCUCAUACUAUAGGAAUCUGAAAUAUAAAGGUGAAAUAUUUCAUGCACUUUUACAGGGCAUUUUUGCUGCUCUGUGCAACAUGAGGGAGUCACUGGAAUGGCAUUAUGGGUGCUGAAUUGCACCAAAUAAUGUGUGAAUAUUUUAACACUGGGUACACAUGCAGUCUGUUUGCUUUAUUUGGAUGGGUGUAUUGAUAUUUGUAAAGUUUGCAUUGGGAUGUGAUGAGAAAGAACAGGCUGACUGAUGAAAAAGAGGUAGAAUUAACGAGUUGAGGCCCAUUGGAGCUUGUCCUGUUGGCUGUUUCGCCAAUUGUCCCAUUCGGAGAUGCAGUGUAUGAUUUGUGACAGAGUAGAUCAGAGGAAAGAGGUGUUUGUAGGUGUACAUUCUGGUCAGGUAAGGUUUUCCUUUGAAUAUCUUCCUACUCUGUUUUGGAUGGAAAGAGGUAAGGAGAGACCAAUUAGAAGAAUACAAGAGAUGGCUUCGUAACUGCACGUUAUAAUUGUGGAACUUGAAAACACUGCCUGCUGUCAAAGGAAAUCAGUUUUAGAGUAGGCCACACUCUAGUCUCUGUUUGCAAUGGAAUGUUGGGAUGCUUAUUCUGACAUUUUGUGCAGUAUGUGUGAGCUACGAAGAGGCUGAAUAAAUAAAAUUGCAGGUGGCAGAAUGUAACUGUCAUUGUGAAUGUACCAAACAAUUAGUAUUUCAGGUUAUUUACAGACUUUAGCAUAAUAGUUUAAGACCUGUCUGGUCAUCAGCAGUGUUAUUGUAAACACUGUAAAUGGCCUUAUCGUGCCCUUUGGAAAAGGGACUUCUACUCUGUUUGAUGGCACUUGUUCUUCCAAACUACAAUAUUUCAUUUUCAAUAAUUUUAUAUGCAACAAAUUGCAGCUCUAAAAACACACAGAAACCUCUGUGGCAACAUCCCAGGGGGUUUCAUAUUUUGAAUGUCAGACAUUUUUUGAAGGAUAAAAUAGUCUUGGAAAUGGCAACCCUGUUUUUUAGAGCAUACUAUAUUACUCACCACAAGCAUCCUCCCUGUUACAUUACAUUAAACUCUUAUUCCAAAGUCAAUAAAUUUUGUUUGUGAUAACACUGGGUAUCAGUUAACAUAUUUUCUUAUGUCACAUUUCUUUCUGGUAUUUGUGUCUAUCACUUAUAAGUUAAAAUCUAGUAGACCUAUUUUUGUUCGGUCACACAUUAAUUCUUGAGCUACCUGUACAUUACACUUUGCUAUGUUACACUUUAUACCUGUUUGUGUGCAAUUUCUAACAAAUUGUAAAUGAUGUAAAAAUAACUUUUUUAUUCUGUUCCACUCGUUGCUUUUACAUGGUCUCUUAAAGUUUUUGUAUAUACUUUUUUUCCCCUUGUUCUUCUUCCAAAAGGUGAGGUAACACCAUAUUGACUACUAUCUGUUUUAUUUUUCUUUAUAAAGGAGGUGAUGGAGACAAAAACAGUAUUACAAUUUUGCUUAUUUAUGAGAUUGGGCCAAUGGCUCAUGAUGGCAUAACAUGCUUUAAUUAGAUGGUAACUGAGUUGAACAUUAAAAAAAAGGAUAUUUGUACAUACUGUUGUACAAAAUGCAUCCCCAUUUCAUUUAGCAGAUCUGUGAAAACAAUGCAUAACAGAUUAGUCUGUAAUACCUUGUUGAUACUUAAAGGGAUAGUUUACCCAAAAAUGAAAAUUCUCAUAAUUUACUCACCCUCAUGCCAUUCCAGAUGUGAAUGACUUUCUUCUGCAGAACACAAACGAAGAAUAUAUCUGCUCUGUAGGUCCAUACAACACAAGUGAAUGGUGACCAAAACUAUGAACCUCCAAAAAGCACAUAAAAGGAGGAUAAAAGUAAUCCAUAUGACUCCAGGGUUUUAAUCCAUCUUCUGAAGCGAUCCAAUUGAUUUUGUGAGAAUAGGCCAAAAUGUUACCCAUUUUUCACUGUGCAUCUGCCACAUCUAGGCACAAUCAUGAUUUUUAAGCUUGAUUACACUUCCUAGUACUUGAUGCAUGCGCAGAGCGCUAGAUGGCGCUAGGAAGUGUAAUGGUGAUUGUGAUUUAAAGCUCGAAGGAGACUACUAAUGUCAAGAUUUAUAGUGAAAAAUGAUUUAUAUUUUGGUCUGUUCUAACCCAAAACCGAUUGGAUCGCUUUAGAAGACAUGGGUUAAACCGCUGGAGUAUUAUGGAUUUCUUUUGUACUGCCUUUAUGUGCUUUUUGGAGCUUUGGUCACCAUUUAUUUGCAUUGUAUGACCCUACAGAGCUGAAAUAUUCUUCUAAAAAUAUUUGUUUGUGUUUUGCAGAGGAAAGAAAGUCAUUCACAUCUGGGAUGGCAUGAGGGUGAGUAAAUGAUGAUAAUUUUCAUUUUUGGGUGAACAAUUCCUUUUAAGGUUAUAAUGAGUUUUAAGUAACUUAUUUUUCUGAUCUUUAUUCAAAUGUAUUGAGUCUCUAUAGUCAAGCUGUUCAUACAGGCAUUUACUUUCACAUGUUAAGUGUACUGAACUGUAACAUGAGAAAUUAAAUUGAUCUCUGAGAAAUGCAAUUAUACAGAAUUGUGGUUAUUCCUUUUGAAGGAAUAAUAAAUUCAUAUUUAACGAUA